AUGAACUAUUUUAAGUUUCUACUACUGGUGCUAGUGGUGACAGUUACUAAGAAGGCUGACCCCAAGGUGCUGGCUAACAAAGCUUCCAAGGCUGUCAAAGCUGGAGCAUCAACCAUUAAGAAGAAGGCUAAGAAUAUCUGCACAUCAGUCAUAUUUCACAGGCCAAAGACAUUGCAGAAGGCAAGGAAUCCCAAGUACCAAUAUAUUAGUGCACUACCAAGGAACAAGCUGGACCAUUACCAGAUCCUGAAAUACCCACUCACCACCGAGUCCGCAAUGAAGAAGAUUGAAGACUGCAAACCCGGUUUGCCUAAAAUGCCUCUUGCUACACCAUCAGUGUUCAGUUUCAUCCAUGGAUCAUCAGGUGGAUUGCAGGUGACGGAGAUCUAG